UUCUUAUUUUUUAAAAAUUGAGCUUCAACUUCCAAAAUUAGGGCUGAAAGAUUUUUCUGCAAAAGAAGUUGCUGGAAGGAGCCAUGGAGAUCAAAGGGGAGCUCGCUCUGCAGAAAAGGCAAGUCCUGAUUCUCUUUGUUUUGCUGGGAUUAUCUGAGGCAGGUCCUGAAUCUGUGCGAUAUUUUGUGGCAGAGGAAACAGAAGUUGGUUCUUUUGUGGCCAAUCUUGCAAGGGAUCUAGGGCUUGGGGUGGAGGAGCUAUCAUCACGGGAGGCCCGGGUAGUGUCAGAUGAUAACGAAAAGCACUUACAACUUGAUUUAUGGACGGGGGAUUUGCUCCUAAAUGAGAAACUGGACCGAGAAGAGCUCUGUGGCUCCACCGAGCCCUGUGUGCUGCAUUUUCAGAUGGUAUUAGAAAACCCUUUACAGUUCUUUCGGGCUGAACUGCAAGUCACAGACAUAAAUGAUCACUCCCCUAUGUUUCUAGACAAACGUAUACUUAUUAAAAUAUCAGAAAGUACCAGCAUUGGAACCACAUUCCUAAUGGAGAGUGCCCAAGAUUUGGAUGUAGGAACCAACAGUCUUCAAAACUACACAAUUAGCCCCAAUUCUCAUUUCUACAUUAAAAUCCAAGAUAGCGGUGAUGGAAAGUUAUACCCAGAACUGGUUCUGGACAGAGCAUUAGAUCAUGAGGAGGAGUCUGAGCUCUCACUAACACUCACAGCACUGGAUGGUGGAUCACCACCCAGGUCUGGGACAACUUUGGUUCUCAUCAAGGUCCUGGACAUCAAUGACAAUGCCCCUCAGUUUGCUCAGAAGCUCUAUGAAGUGCAAAUUCUGGAGAACACACCCAUUGGUUCCUGGAUUAUCACCAUUUUUGCUAACGAUUUGGAUACAGGAAAUUAUGGGAAAAUAUCAUACACAUUUUUGCAUGCAUCAGAAGAUAUUCGUAAAACAUUUGAAAUCAAUCCAAUAUCCGGGGAAGUUCAUUUGAGAUCAUGCCUGGAUUUUGAAGUGAUACAGUUCUACAGUAUACGUAUUCAGGCAACAGAUGGUGGGGGUCUUUCAGAAGAAUGUACUCUUCUGGUUAAAGUAAUAGAUAUAAAUGAUAAUCCACCAGAAGUGACCAUCUCAUCAUUUACAAAGUCAAUUCCAGAAAAUGCCUCAGAGACUCUGGUUGCUCUUUUUAGUGUCCGAGACCAAGACUCUGGGGACAACGGGAGGAUGGUGUGCUCCAUUCAGGAUGACCUCCCCUUUUAUCUGAAACCAACCUUCAAGAACUUUUUCACUCUAGUUUCGGAAAAAACACUGGACAGAGAGACAAGAUCCGAGUACAACAUCACCAUCACCGUCACCGACCUGGGGACC